AUGAGCGGUAAUACCAACGGGUCCAGUUCUCGGAAUUUGGGCUAUAAACCACCCCCGGAGUCCAAGUGGGUCGCUCCCUUGGGAAGGCGGCGGACAUCAAAUCCGUACAAGUUUUCUUUGGGCCACACUCGGAAUCGAUCCAGCGUCGAUGGCUCCAAGUACAAGGACGGAACGUGGUCACCGGAGAAGGAGAAGAUACUGCUAGGCCCUUACGAUUACAUGGUCGAACAGCCCGGGAAGGAUCUACGACGACAGUUCAUUGCUGCAUUUAACCGUUGGUUACAUGUUCCUGAAGAAAGCAUCGCAACAAUCACCAAGGUCGUUGUAAUGCUGCAUACUGCUUCGUUACUCGUCGAUGACGUUGAAGAUUCUUCUACACUUCGACGGGGAGUUCCAGUGGCGCAUAAUAUAUUUGGAACGGCUCAGACGAUAAAUUCUGCGAACUACGUCUACUUUCUCGCUCUGGAAGAGGUACAGAAACUCAAAAGCCCGAAUGUGAUAAAUAUCUACGUGAAAGAAUUGUUAAACCUGCACCGAGGACAGGGCAUGGAUGUUUUCUGGAGGGACACCCUCACUUGCCCAACAGAGGAUGAUUAUUUGGAAAUGGUCGGCAAUAAAACAGGGGGUCUUUUCAGGCUUGCAAUUAAACUAAUGCAGGCCGAAAGCGACACGGGAAUUGAUUGCGUCACUCUCGUCAAUCUCAUGGGCCUCAUCUUUCAAAUCUGCGAUGAUUAUCUCAACCUUUCCAAUUCAACAUACAGCAAAAACAAGGGACCCUGCGAAGACCUCACGGAAGGCAAAUUUUCUUUCCCCAUAAUCCACAGUAUCCGCUCCCAACCCGAUAACCUCCAACUUAUCAAUAUCUUGAAACAGAAAACGACGGAUGAGGAAGUCAAACGAUACGCUGUAAAUUACAUGGAGAGCACGGGAAGUUUUGCCUACACGCGCAAAACAGUUAUGCAACUACGAGACAAGGCUUUGACCUUAAUUGAUGAGCUGGAGAAUUUGACGGAUAUGACCCAAGGUGCUAAUCAGAAAGAAGAGAGAAGUGGAGACAUGGUACGGAAUAUCCUGCAUAAAAUGGUUGAUGCGACGCUGAACAUUGGAUGCGAUGAGAAGAGAACUUGA